UUUUAGAGUAAUGCAACAGAAGGCUUUUGAGGAAAGCAGAUAUCCCUGGCAGGAAUCCUUUGAGAAUGUUGCUGUGUGCCUGCCAUUCUGCUGCCCGAGGUGUGGAGACCAUACCAGAUUUAGAAGCUUGUCAUCCUUGAGGGCCCAUCUGGAAUUCAGUCACAGCUACGAAGAAAGAACCCUCUUGACAAAAUGCAGCCUCUUUCCAGCUCUCAAAGACACAGACCUUGUCACUUCCUCAGAACUCCUGAAACAGGGAAAAUUGCAGAGCAGUGGCAACGUGGUAAAGCAGAAACCGAGCUAUGUUAACUUGUACAGCAUCUCACAUGAACACUCCAAGGACAGGAAGCCAUUUGAGGUGGUGGCAGAGAGGCCUGUGUCCUACAUGCAGACCUACACUGCAAUGGACCUACGUGCAGACUCACUGGAUGGGCCACGGGCAAGUCCCGGACUUCCCACCUCAGACACCAAAGCUGCUUUUGAAGCACAUAUCAGAGAAAAAUUCAAUCGGAUGGUCGAGGCUGUGGAUAGAACCAUCGAGAAGAGAAUUGAUAAACUCACCAAAGAGUUGGCCCAGAAAACUGCCGAACUGUUGGAAGUCCGGGCAGCUUUUGUGCAGCUGACUCAGAAAAAGCAAGAAGUUCAGAGACGAGAGCGGGCCCUGAAUCGACAGGUGGACGUGGCCGUGGAAAUGAUAGCUGCGCUGAGGCAGCGCCUGACAGAGUCAGAGGAGGAGCUUCUUAGGAAAGAGGAAGAAGUUGUUACAUUCAACCAUUUCCUGGAAGCAGCAGCUGAGAAGGAAGUUCAAGGGAAAGCUCGGCUCCAGGACUUUAUUGAGAAUCUGUUGCAACGGGUAGAACUGGCGGAAAAGCAGUUAGAGUACUAUCAACGCCAGCAGGUUUCCCGUUUCUGCCAUGACAUCAGUGAGCACGUGCUUACAGAUAUCUCCACAAAUAGGAAACCCAAAUGCCUAGGCCGAGGGCACCCACAUUCCGUGUGUAACCACCCUGAUCUCAAGACCCAUUUCCAUCCAAAGGGAAGGAGCUACCUGAAAAAAGCCAAGGAUGACAGAGCCAGCAUGCAGCCUGCCAAGUCCAUUCUCGAACAGGCCGAGUCAUCAAGAGAUCUCUGCAGACCGCCCAAGAAAGGGGAGGUCCUGGGGUUUAGUCGGAAAGGCAACCUCAGGCCCAGAAUGGCUAAAAAAAAGCCAACAGCGAUCGUGAACAUCAUCUAAGCUGGUGGGUGGCUCUGGACCAUCAUCACUGGGCUUUGGGGAACGUUGUUCCAGGAGCCAACAAUAAUGUCCUUUUGGACACAUCCAGUAGUAAGACACAUUGGAAAAGCAAAGAGUGUAACAUAUACAUACAAGCACCUCGAUUAACCAGAAUUUACCAAACAGGAAUCUCAGCAAACCAGAAUUUUAUUAUAACCCCCCUUUAGAAGCAAGAGGCACAUUACAGACAGAAUAAAAUUAUUAAAGCAAUCUUAUCCCAAAGUUUUAGUAAAACAAACUCCAGUUUCUAAAAUAAUUGGCCCAGGCACCAGUAGUUUUGGCAUCUGUGCUUGUGUCAUGGUCGUUAAUUCUCAGAGUCAAGGCCACACAAGAUGUCAGGCACUGAGAAGAAAUUCAUCUGUGCCCACAGCUGUCUGAAUUGUGUGGCAAGGAAUGGGAGUGUAAUAUUCUAUUAGUGGCAGUGAUGUACACAUAUUUUUGUUUGUUUUUAACCUUUCUCUCAUUUAGUUUGAAAGCCUCCAAAAUAAGGAUUCCCAUCUCCUCGAGUAUUCUGGUUAGUCAAGAUUUCAGUGUUUGGGUUGCUUAAGGUACUUGUUCAGUCAGACAUCAGUUCUCAUUUCGACAGACUGUUUUUGGUUUGUUUGUUGGAUUUAGGAUUUUGUUUCCCUUGAUGCAUGUUUAUUCCAAUUGUGGGAUUCCUCUGCUGUCUUCUUUGGCUGAGCAUUCAGCACCCGCAGACCAGGCUGCCAGCCUCUGUCUCAAUAGCUGCUUUUGUUGCUGUGGUCGGGGAGGACGGGUACACCCUUUGGGUCCUCACCCUUUUGGUCAUUGGUGCAGUGCGUGAGUAGUUGGAGUACCAGUGGUUUGCCUAUUUAGUGCGUUGUGGCCAUCCUGGGAGCACUGCAGUUGUCACCACCCCUUCCAGAGACCCACUUCCCUGGUGGUGUCAGCAGCCCCCUCUGUUAGCCGUGGGUGUGACUUUUUCUUCGCUGGCUUCACUUUUCCACCCAGCAGCUCACUUUGCCUCCUGCUGCUUCUAUGUCCUCUAAUGACAAAAACACACAUUCUUAACUUUCAACCACAUACCUGGAGUGUUCACUAUAGUUUGCAUUCUAAAUAAUUUCUGAAGUAAACAGUGCAUGUAGGAUCCAGAAUCUGACACUGUCCUCUCCUCCCUUCUUCCAUAAAAUGGCUUGUUUCCACAAAGAACUAUCUUUUAAGAACCUCCUGAUUUGUGAUUUUUUUCAAAAAUGAAUUUCAUGUUGUUUUUUUCCCUCAAAUUUAGCAAUAUCAUCAAAUCUCAUGCAGAUUUUACAAGUGCUGACAUCUUUGUGGAAACAAGAAUAAUUUUGUGCACAAAAAUGUACAUAUAUAUAUAUAACACAAAAAUAUAUAUGUCAAUUAUAUUAAUAAUUUAUUUUUAAAUACUCAUAGAGCAAGUGUGUGUAUGCAGUGGGUGGUUUUUAAACUAUAUAUGUUUGUUCAUGUAAAUUGAAUUCUCUUUAAAAAUUAAAACUGUAACCUAAUUAACAUUAGUGGAAUUAUUGUUAUUGCAAUAAGCAUCAGAUUAGCAGUGCUUUAAACAUAGGUCAUAAAGCAGUUACUUAAAAUACCAGUAAAUUUAAAAGUGUAAUUUAUCAUUAUGUAAACAUUUUGAACCUAUGAUAGUGCAAAUGUUGAUUUUUUAAUAUUCACUUUGAUGUUUGGCUUAUGGUGGUGGACCAUUCAUGUGGGGUAUAGGCAGCUAUCAAGUGGGAAAAAGCAUUGCUGAGAAUAUCUUUUUAGGCUAACAUUGUAAGAAUUGUAAAGUUGUAAUUAUUAUUUGGAGAAUUAACCUCCUCUAAGUUUAUUUAUUAUUGAUGCUUAUACCAUGAUUGCACUUGAGCAUUUUACUUACUUAAAAAAUGACGUGUUGUUUGGCAUGCUCCUUGUCCCGUAACAUGUGUGCGAUGACAACUUGUUUUUAAUGAUGGUGCAGCCAGAUUUCUUUUUCCGUUUUAUUCAAAGUGAUUUACAUUUUCUAUUUUCAUUUAACAUGCCUAGAGGGAAUGGCCACCCUUCUUGACAGUGGUACCCAGUGGACUUCAGAAAGCACUAUCAUGUCACAUCUACUCUAUAUACAUUACAUAAGACAAAUGAUUUGGAGAUUAAUUUAUUAUAUUAAAAUUUUUUUCAAGUUCCAACUAAAUUCUGACCUCCAUACAAGGAAAUGUGUUAUGUAUGUUGUGCUCCCUUCAAGACAUAAAUUUACUGUUGAAAUACUGGAGCCGACUCACUCAGAGGGAUAAUUCACUUAACAUGCUAUAUGGCCUGAGCCAUGUGCCAUGUCCCAUUUGUGUCUUAUUUUUAAAUAUUUCCUUUGUCCAUGUGUCCUUAGAGAUGAGGUAGAUGCUUUUUUGAAGAAAUCACCAAAGUUUCUGGGAAAACAUGUUCAAGGUUAAACUGAAGAAUUAUUUCUUUUAUAGGGAAGAAAUUUUCAUUUGAAUUGUUCUUUCUUUCUUUUUUCUUUUUUCCCUUACUAGGUUACAGACUUUUAUCUGCAAUGUUCAGGUUGCUUAGACACUGUUUUCUAGUAUUCUGCAGGGCCAGUCAGUUGUACAGAAGUUGGAAUAUUCAGUUCCCAGAAUUAAAGAAGUUUUAAGAUGAUGAAAUGUUAUAAUAAUAAAGCUAUAUUUCUGAAUAA